GCAUCUAGGCAUGAACAAUCUUCAAGGCACUAUCCCUUCAACAUUUUCAAAGGGUAAUAGCUUGGAAUAUCUCGACCUCAAUGGAAAUGAAUUAGAAGGGGAAAUAUCACCAUCUAUCAUCAACUGCACAAUGUUGGAAGUUCUUGAUCUUGGCAACAAUAAGAUUGAGGAUACAUUUCCUUAUUUUCUAGAAACGCUUCCGGAGCUGCAAAUUCUAAUUCUAAAAUCCAAUAACCUCCAAGGUUUUGUGAAGGGUCCGACUGCAGAUAAUUCCUUCUUUAAAUUAUGGAUUUUUGACAUCUCUGACAAUAAUUUUAGUGGGCCGUUGCCAACAGGGUAUUUUAAUACUCUUGAAGCAAUGAUGAUCUCAGAUCAAAACAUGAUUUACCUUAACACGACAAAUGACAUUGUCUGUGUUCAUUCCAUAGAAAUGACAUGGAAAGGUGUAGAAAUUGAGUUUCCGAAGAUCCGAAGUACCAUCAGAGUACUAGAUUUGUCAAAUAACAGUUUUACUGGAGAGAUUCCAAAGGUGAUCGGAAAGCUUAAAGCACUACAACAACUCAACCUCUCUCAUAAUUUCCUUACAGGUCAUAUCCAAUCAUCAGUGGGAAAUUUGACCAAUUUGGAAUCAUUAGACCUAUCUUCAAAUUUGCUUACCGGAAGGAUUCCAAUGCAGAUGGCACAUCUAACAUUUCUUGCAACCCUAAACCUUUCACAUAACCAGCUGGAGGGGCCCAUACCAAGUGGAGAGCAAUUCAACACCUUUGAUGCAAGAUCAUUUGAAGGAAACUCGGGUUUAUGUGGCUUUCAAGUACUAAAAGAAUGCUACGGUGACGAGGCACCAUCAUUGCCGCCAUCAAGCUUUAAUGAAGGAGAUGAUUCAACAUUGUUUGGAGAAGGAUUUGGAUGGAAAGCUGUGACAAUAGGGUAUGGAUGCGGGUUUCUGUUUGGAGUUGCAACGGGAUACGUUGUGUUUAGAACAAAUAAACCUUCAUGGUUACUUAGGAUGGUUGAAGAUAUAUGGAAUCUCAAGAGCAAAAACACGAAGAAGAAUUUCCGCAGAUAUGGUGCUAGAAGAAACUAAAUAAUUCAAUUGAUAUUUUCAAUACAAACAAGAUAUCAAGUGGAUUUGACAUUGAAACAACACCAGGGUGGCAUAUUCCCUUUACUUUUUUCUCUCUUUUUUUAGUUUCAAGGUUAAUUGGGUGUUUCUUUUAUGAAAACGAAUCCAUGUAUGUAACACAGGUUUGUGUUAACUAUAAAAUCAUUUAUGUUUUGGGUCCUA